CAUUUCUACAGAGCAAUGUCCAAGACUAAAUCUUGCACAUCCGCACAAGUCAAAGUUCACUUUAUGCAAUAAACCGUCUAUGGAGAGAAUCACUUCAACAUCGCAUUAUGUGCAAGUAAUUUCUUGUUGGUUAAAUUAUUUCGGUCUGCUCUCGGUGUAGUGUGAAAGAUAAAGUGUUCACAAAAUGUCUCAAGGUUUUAAAGUCUGUCUGGAGGAGUGGAAAUGCAUGGAAGAAGACUAUAAGCAACUUCAGGAAACACACAAAAUGUACUUACAAAAACUGGAUGACGUUUCCAAGCUACAAAAAAACUGCUCGUCCUCCAUUUCCAGUCAGCGCAACAGGCUGAAAGAGGUGUCCUCCCUCGUGAAAAGAUGCAGCAAAGGACCUUCAGAAGAGGAUGCCAAGAUGUUGAAUGAAAUAAAUGAGAAGAUAAAGAUGCGACCAAAUGCUUUCUUUGAAAUGGAAGCAUUCCUUCCCAAUAAAAAUGGUUUGUACCUCAGUCUGGUUCUUGGAAAUGUGAAUGUCACUCUUUUCAGCAAGCAGUCAAAAUUUGCCUACAAAGAUGAAUACGAGAAGUUUAAGCUGUACCUCACAGUCAUCAUGCUGCUGCUCUCCUUUGUAUGCUAUUUCUUUGUGAGCUACAGAUUCCUUGAUGCGAUCGUCAAUUUCGUGCUGGUUUGGUACUAUUGCACAUUAACCAUCAGGGAAAGCAUCCUCAUCACCAACGGCUCCAGAAUCAAAGGCUGGUGGGUUUUUCACCACUACAUCUCAGCUUUUUUGUCCGGUGUAAUGCUAACAUGGCCAGAUGGGGACUUGUACAAGACAUUCAGGAACCAGUUCCUUGCCUACUCCUUGUAUCAGAGUUUUGUCCAGUGUCUGCAGUGCUACUAUCAGAGUGGAUGUCUCUAUAGGCUACGAGCUCUGGGAGAAAGACACAACAUGGAUCUGACCGUGGAGGGAUUUCAGUCUUGGAUGUGGAAAGGGCUGACAUUUUUGUUGCCCUUCCUCUUUUUUGGUCAUUUUUGGCAGCUAUUCAAUAGCCUCUCUCUCUUCAGAAUGGCACGGCUCCCAGACUGUAAAGAAUGGCAGGUCAUGAUGUGUGGUCUCUGCUUCCUCAUUCUGUUCAUGGGAAACUUCUUCACCACUGUUGCUGUGGUCCGUCACAAGGUCAAGAGCAGAAAACUGAAAACUAAGAGUCUGUGAUACUGUGCAUACUGUAAUAAGAAAAAAAAACAUGACUACAAAUGAUGUCUAAAUUGCUUAUCUCCAAAUGUAAAGCUCACAUUGUCAUUAUUGCUGUCAUUAUCUGCGAAUUAAUUGUGUCUAAUCAAUACUUAUUAAACGUAAAUGAUGCUCUACAAUGCCCCUUUCUUUGCAUAAUUAGUCAAAUUACUCUCAUAGCAAAAGCCAAAACAAUAAAGCAUUUGUCCCCCCCUUC